ACGAAGCUCAGUAACACAAACUCCAACUCUGUUCCCUUGCACCCUUCCUAAUAAAUUUAUGGACAGUCUGGGUCAGGUUGUGGCUGGAUUUCUUAUAUUGCUUGAAGACUUGGAAAAUUCUGUAUACUGUUUCAUACAUGCAUCUGUAUCUUCUUUUCUUUUCCCAAUGGGUUAUUAUUUCCACAUCAGGGAAAAGAAUCUAGUUAAUGUUUAUUUUCUCUAAACCAAGCAAUUUCUUUGAAUAAAAUUUGGUAUUUCUUCCUUUCUCAAAGGUUUGUAUGUUUUCUUUUGUAUACUAGAGCUAUAUGAUUGUGUUUUUUUCCUACAGUAGUAUUUGCAUAAAUCUAACUAUUGCACUUGCCCCAAAAAGCCUUAGAAAAGUCAGUUGCGGAAAUUUAUAAUGGGAUCCAAUAUUACUAGGUUUUAAUGCCAUGAUAGCUUCAGUGUUAUAAUAGUCUUUUAUAUUUCUUUUGGGGGAAAAUGGAUUACUACUUUUUCAGAAGCCUGUUCCCAAGAUGAAAACUUUAUUCUCAAACAUGACAGAGCGUUCCUUUUGUCAAUGGCAAAUCGAGGGAAACAUACCAAUGGUUCCCAGUUUUUCAUUACCACAAAGCCUGCUCCACACCUGGAUGGGGUGCAUGUUGUCUUUGGACUAGUUAUUUCCGGUUUUGAAGUAAUCGAACAAAUUGAAAAUUUGAAAACUGAUGCUGCAAGUAGACCUUAUGCAGAUGUGCGAGUUAUUGACUGUGGGGUGCUUGCCACGAAGUCGACAAAAGACGUUUUUGAGAAAAAAAAGAAGAAACCAACUCAUUCAGAAGUCUCGGAUUCCUCUUCCAAUUCCUCUUCCUCUUCAGAAUCAUCCUCAGAAAGUGAAAUUGAACAUGAGAGAAGCAGAAGAAGGAAACAUAAGAGGAGGCCAAAAGUUAAACAUUCUAAAAAGAGACGAAAGGAAGCAAGCAGUUCAGAAGAGCCAAGGAAUAAACAUAUAAUAAGCCCAAAAGGUCACUCUGAGAGGAGUGAUACCAAUGAAAAAAGGUGUAUCGAUUCAAAUGCUAAAAGGGAAAAGCCUGUGGUGCGCCCAGAAGAGAUUCCUCCAGUGCCCGAGAACCGAUUUUUACUAAGAAGAGAUAUGCCUCUUGUCACAGUGGAGCCUGAACCGAAGAUUCCUGAUAUUACACCCAUUGUAAGUGAUCAGAAACCAUCUGUAUCAAAGUCUGGACGGAAGAUUAAAGGAAGGGGCACAAUUCGCUAUCACACACCUCCAAGAUCAAGAUCCUGUUCCGAAUCAGAUGAUGAUGAUAGCAGUGAAACUCCUCCUCACUGGAAAGAAGAAAUGCAGAGAUUAAGAGCAUAUAGACCGCCUAGUGGAGAAAAAUGGAGUAAAGGAGAUAAGUUAAGUGACCCCUGUUCAAGCCGAUGGGAUGAAAGAAGCUUGUCCCAGAGAUCCCGAUCGUGGUCCUAUAAUGGAUAUUAUUCAGAUCUAAGUACAGCAAGACACUCUGAUGGUCACCAUAAAAAACGCAGAAAAGAGAAAAAGGUUAAGCAUAAAAAGAAAGCUAAAAAGCAGAAACAUUGCAGAAGGCACAAACAGACUAAGAAGAGAAGGAUUAUUGUACCAUCUGACAUAGAAUCCUUAAAAUCUUCCACCCGAAGAGUGAAAUCCUCAUGUGAUAGAGAAAGGAGAUCUCGUUCUUCCUCAUUGUCAUCUCAUCAGUCGUCCAAGAGGGACUGGUCUAAAUCUGAUAAGGAUGACCAGAGCUCUUCAACCCAUUCCAGCAGAGACUCAUACAGAUCAAAAUCUCACUCACAGUCUUAUUCUAGAGGAAGCUCAAGAUCAAGGACUCCAUCAAAAUCCUCAUCACAUUCUCGAAGUAGAUCAAAGUCCAGAUCUAGUUCUAAGUCAGGGCACCAAAGAACAGCAUCAAAAUCACCAAGAGCAACAGCCUCUCAGUUAAGUGAAAAUAAACCUGUUAAAACAGAACCUUUAAGAGCAACAGUGACACAAAAUGAAAAUGUUUUAGUACAACCAGUGGUGGCGGAAAAUAUUCCUGUAAUACCACUGAGUGACAGCCCCCCUCCUUCAAGGUGGAAGCCUGGACAGAAGCCCUGGAAGCCCUCUUAUGAACGAAUCCAGGAAAUGAAAGCUAAAACAACCCAUUUGCUGCCCAUCCAAAGCACUUAUGGUUUAGCAAAUGUUAAAGAGACUGGUAGUUCAUCAUCCUACCAUAAAAGAGAAAAAAAUUCAGAAAGUGAUCGGAGCGCUUAUUCAAAAUACAGUGAUAGAAGUUCAGAAAGUUCACCAAGGUCAAGGAGUAGAUCUUCUAGGAGUAGAUCUUAUUCCAGGUCAUACACAAGGUCUCGAAGUUUAGCUAGUUCACAUUCAAGGUCUAGGUCUCCCUCAUCUAGAUCUCAUUCACGAAAUAAAUACAGUGACCGCUCACGGUGUAGUAGAUCAUUUUCAUACUCUUCUGUUAGCAGUGAUGAUGGAAGACGAGCCAAGAGAAAAUUUAGAUCCAAUGGGAAAAAAAAUAACACCUCAAAUAAAAGGCACAGCAGCAGCUCUGAAAAGACACUUCGUAAUAAAUAUGUCAAAGGCAGAGACAAGUCUUCAUGUCAUAGAAAGUACAGUGAAAGCAGGUCAUCUUUAGAUUAUUCUUCAGACAGUGAACAGUCAAGUGUUCGGGUUACACAGUCAGCCCAGGAAAAAGAGAAGCAAGUCCAAAUGGACAUGAAUAAUAAACAAGAGAAAAACAGAGAUGAAGAGAAAUCUAAGCCUGAACGGGAAUGCUCUCAUUCAAAAAAAAGAACUUUGAAAGAAAGUCCUUCCGAUCACUUUAGAAAUGCCAGUAAGCCCAAAAGGAAGAAUUAUGCUGGGAGUAAAUGGGACUCUGAGUCAAAUUCUGAACAAGAUGUAACUAAAAACAGUAAAAAUAAUUCCCGGCCAUCUUCUGAUAAGGAGGAAGGUGAAGCCACUUCAGAUUCGGAGUCAGAGUUGGGUGAAAUUCACAUCAAAGCCAAACCAGCAGCUAAGUCUUCAGCAAAUACUUUACUGCCUGAUGGUAAUAGUGCCUGGAAAUCAAGCAAACAGCGGUCAUCAACCUCUGAUUCUGAGGGGUUCUAUUCCAAUUCAGAAAACAGUAGAGGAAAACCACACAAGCAUAAACACAGCUCAAAGGAGCAUCUUAAAAGGGAACAUACCAAAAAAGCAAAAGAGAAAUUGAAAGGGAAAAAAGAUAAAAAACACAAGGCGCCAAAACGAAAACAAGCAUUUCACUGGCAGCCUCCACUAGAAUUUGGUGAAGAGGAGGAGGAGGAGAUUAAUGAAAAGCAAGUUACUCAGGAAGCAAAAGAGAAAAAACAACUUUCUGAAAACAGUGAAGCCGUAAAAGAAAGUAUUCCCCAAACUGAGAAGCCCUGUGAAGAUGGCAACCUUUCAGGUAAACAUAAUCCAAUAACGGUUUCAUCAGAUACUGAUCAGCCUACUAAAGAUGAUAGUAAACUCAGUGUGUCUCCCGCAGCUUUAAACACUGAGGAAAAUGUAGUCAGUUCUCCCCCGAACAUUCAGCAUAUUGAAGAGAGCAUCCCAAGCGGAGUGGAGGAUAUGCUUCAAACAGAUGACAACAUGGAGAUUUGCACUCCUGAUAGGAGUUCCCCAGCAAAGGCCGAGGGGGCUUCCCCUCUAGGAAAUUCAAGGCUUGACACCCCGGAUAUAAGCAUUGUUCUAAAGCAGGAUAUGCCAACAGAGCAUCCUGAGGCAGAGUUGGGAAAACAGGAAAGCAGCAUGUCAGAAAGCAAAACGGUGGGUGAGGUGGGAAAACAGGACAGCAGCUCCGCCAGCUUGGCCACUGCUGUAGAAAGCACUGUGAAGAGAGAGGUGGCUGAGAAAAGCCAGACCAGCCUCAUGGAUAAUAAGUGGAAGCCCCUGCGAGGUGUGGGGAACCUGGCAGCACCAUCUGCUACGACAUCAAGUGCUGUGGAAGUUAAGGCACUGACUACUGUGCCCGAAAUGAAACUACAAGGCUUGAGAAUAGAAAUUAAAAGCAAAAAUAAAGUUCGGCCUGGGUCUCUCUUUGAUGAAGUAAGAAAGACAGCACGCUUAAACCGGAGGCCAAGAAAUCAGGAGAGUUCGAGUGAUGAGCAGACACCUAGUCGGGAUGGUGACAGCCAGUCCAGGAGUCCAAGUAGAUCUCGAAGUAAAUCUGAGACCAAAUCAAGGCACAGAACAAGGUCUGUCUCCUACAGUCACUCAAGAAGUCGAUCAAGAAGUUCCACCUCAUCUUAUCGAUCAAGAAGCUACUCCAGAAGUCGGAGCAGAGGGUGGUACAGCAGAGGCCGCACAAGAAGCCGGAGCAGUUCCUACCGCAGUUACAAAAGUCAUAGGACGUCCAGCAGGAGCAGAUCCAGGAGCAGCUCGUACGAUCCCCACAGUCGGUCCAGCAGGUCCUACACUUACGAUAGCUACUAUAGCAGGAGUCGGAGUCGAAGUAGAAGCCAGAGGAGUGACAGUUAUCACCGAGGCAGAAGCUACAAUAGGCGGUCCAGGAGUUGUAGAUCUUAUGGCUCUGACAGUGAAAGUGACCGAAGUUACUCUCAUCACCGGAGUCCCAGUGAAAGCAGCAGAUAUAGUUGAAAGUGUCCCCUUUUUUUGAUACAAAUUAUAUCUUAUUUGUAAAUAUCUGGUAACUUAAAAGUCUGCGAAACUUAAUGGCAGUCUGUUGUUCUAUUUCAAUAUUAGAGAUGAAGUUGAAAAAUAGACACUUAUUGUUAUUUGUUCAUUUACAUGUGCGUAGAAUUUAAAAUACAGAUAUGUCUCCUAAAAAUAUUUGUAUGCCACAUUUUACAGUAGCCAACUAUGGAAAUGAAUUUCAUUUUCUUGAAUCAAGAAAUCAUGAAAUUUAAAUAUGAUUUGCAAUAUUAUUUUAGCUAGAUUAUUUCUCUCCAUCUCAUGUAUUUCUUAGAAUACAGAUUCUUUUUGCCCGUUUUUAAGGUCUUAGCAUAUAUGCUGCCAAGCAUAGAACUGUGAAGGAGAACUGUGAAAGGUGACCAAAUACUUAAAUACCAAUUACACAGAAUCUUAUACAUGUGUGCUCUUAAAAACAAACUGCCCAGAAUUGAUACUAAGGGUAGCCAGGAGUAUAAGGCAGUGGCUCUGGGGUUCUUAAUUCAUUCCUUACUUCUUUGUUGUCUCAGAGGAUCAGGAAAGUAGUCACCAUACAGCCCACUGUAUUAUUUCAGGCUGGCGGGUGAGGUUAAGAAGAGUAAAUCAGCCUUAACUAUAAAUACCUGCACUGUCUCUAAAGCCCUAAUGUUUUAUGUGCUUUUUAAUAAAUACUAUCAGAAGUUCGGUUUGUAAAAAAAACAAUUCUAUUCCAGUUUAUGCUUUGGUGUUUGGUACCUUUUGGUGCAUUAUUCUUAUAUACUGUACAUUGGAAUUCCGUCAGAGAGAGAAAUGAAUUUUUAAAAAUUCAUUGGCACCAAACAUGGGUCCUUCUAAGCUCUAUUCACUUUAAAUAUUUGGAGGGCCUCUCUCAAGCACAGGUGUGGGCUGGGGACCAUGGAGCAGGCAGGAUUGGCAUGGGGUUGUGUGGCCACUGGGGUCUGCUGCACAGAACUGAUGCGUGUGCCCCUGGAGGAGUUGAUUGGAGAGUGGACUUCAAAAGUAACACCAAGAUCUCCCUGCCACCAUCCUGGGCACAUUUUGCAGGGCUUUACUUUUAAGUCUUUCAAGUAAGAGGCAGAUGCAAGAGCAGUUGAACUGUUCUCCGCACCCGCCAGCAUGUUUCCCUGUUUCAGUGGCCUGCAGUGACUCAGUGAAGCCUUGUGUGAGAUGGUAAACCUACGACAACAGACAGGGAAUCGAGGUGUGCAGUACUGCAUAGAUUACACACUUUCACAGUCUUGGGUGGUUCCUGCAAAAAUGAUUUGACCUGUAAAAACUGGUGAGAUUUUUUUUAACCUUUAGUUUGAGUUUUUUCCCCAAGUGUACUUAAUCACCUUAGUGCCAGUUUAAUCCAGUUAUGCAGAAGAAAUUCAUAUUGGAUGUUUGAUGCAGAACUCUGUGCGAUCCUACCCCAGGGCUUGCCUGGUGUACUUGGGAAGUGGGAAAGAGCCCUCAGUUGGAGGGAUCUGACCACCCCUGAUGGAUGGAGGGGUGACCUUGGAUAUAUUAAAACCAUCACCCAUAAAAGGUUCAUAAACAGGGUUAAGUGGCCAGUUGUUUGCCAAGUUGAUAGAUGAGAAUACAUUAGAAAAUAGGACCUAAGUCAAACAAACAUACUUGAUAGUGAAUACAAAACAACGUGCGAUCAUAUGAAGGGUUUUCAAAAGUUGCCUGCAGAGGAGAAUAUUGCUUUAAUAAUACGCAGUGGAAAGAAACUGCAUUUAGAACCCAAACAAAAACUGCCAAAUCUAAUUACGUUAAGAAGAGUUACCUUUGGUCAGUGUAUUCGUUUUCUAUUGCUGUGUAACAAAUGACCCCAAACUUUGCAGCUUAAAGCAGCACUCGUUUCUUAGCUUACAGUUCUGUAGCUCCUGAGUCCAGCACAGUAUGGCUGGAUUCUCUGCUCAGGGUCUCACAAGGCUGAAAUCAAGGGUCAGCAGGGCAGCAUUCCUUUAUGGAGGCUCUGGGGAAGAAUCUGCUUCCAAGUUCAUUCAGGUUGUUAGCAGUAUUCAGUUCCUUGCUGGCUGUCAGCCGGGGUCCUCUUUCUCGGCUCCUUAAGGCUGCUCGCAUUCCUUCUUGUGUGCUUCCCUCCGUCUUCAAACCAGCAAUGGCCCAUCGAGGCCUUCUUCUCAUGCUUCAGGUCUCUCUGCCUUCCUCCUCUGUUCUAAGGUUCGUGUGAUUUGAUCAAGCCCACUGAGAUAGUCUCCCUAUAUUAAGGUCAGCUGUGCCACAGAACAUAGUCACAGAAGUGGUAUCACAUUUACAGGUUCCUGGGAUUGGGACAUGCAAUAGGGGGAGAGGCAUUUUAGAAUUCUGCCUCCCACAGGCAAUAACUUCCCCUGUUGUGCUGUGGGUAGAAUUUUACCCUGAAAAGGUGGGCCCUAGAAGCCUCGUUUGUUUUCUCCAUGGAAAAGAACAGCCCUCAGCUGCAGCAUUCAACUUGUGUGUUUACUGAAUGGACUACAGAAAUAGCUUUUCUUCAUAAAGGGGAUUGUUCUGUAUUUUAAAUUAUUUUUUAAUAAAAUUGAAUUAUGUGUAUUGUGCUUCUUAAUAGACAAUGCAUUAUUGGACUGUUUUUGUAAUGUCCUGUUUACUGCAAAUGAAACAUGAUAUAGCUGGUAUUGUUCAAAAACUGUAGAAAAUACUUUUGUACAUAUUGGUAAUGUCUGAUUUGUAUACACUUCAUUUAAAUUUCCCUAAAACUGGAAAGGGGGGCCUUGUAGAAAUUAAAAUAUAUACUUAGUCUAA